AGCCAAACAAGCAAAACAUUUUUUACCAAGACUAGAAAAUAAUCUAUUAGAAUUGUAGCAGUCAACGUAGUAAUAGUGAAAUUUUAGUUUUUAUUAAACUUAAAGUAAAUAAAGUAUAAAUUCACAAUAUGAGCGAUUACGAGGACCAAGGUGCCACUGCCAUUAGUCGUAUGGAAAAUACUAAUACUGCGGGUGCUGUUAAAGUGGGUGGUUGGCGUUACGAAGAUUCUACACGUUACAUAGGAGAAUGGAAUCAAUUAGGACAAAAACAUGGCUUAGGUCAUCUACAAUUUGGCGAUGGUACACGUUAUGAUGGUCAAUUUCAUGAGGGCUAUAGCCAUGGUUUGGGAUGUUUAUGGUUUUCCGAUGGCUCCAAAUAUGAAGGUGAAUUCUUUCAAGGAUGGUUUCAUGGAAAUGGCAUAUUUUGGCGUUCCGAUGGCCUGAAAUUUGAGGGUGAAUUUCGUGGCGGUAAAAUUUGGGGACAUGGCUUAGUUACUUUUCAAGAUUUCAGCCAUGGUUUUCCGCGUAAUGAAGGCUAUUUUCAGGAUUGCCGUUUAAUAAGGAAACGACGUUGCCCUGAAAUUGUGCAAAAAGCACAAAAAUGUGCACUAAUGGCCAGAUCUCAAUCAGAUCAUACAUAUUAAUCUUAUAUAUACAAAUAAUAAUUGUUCAUUUAAAUAUCUAAAAUUAAU